GCUUCUCCCAAAUUCGGAACUUUCAUCUGCCUUAACUGCGCGGGUACCCACCGCGGCCUCGGCGUGCACAUCUCCUUCGUCCGCUCGAUCACCAUGGACGCCUUCAAGACGGCGGAGAUCAUGCGCAUGGAGCAAGGUGGCAAUGAGCCCUGGAAAUCAUUCUUUGACGCGCACGUCAUCACCCAAUCCGAGGGGCGCACUUUCGAAGACUCCACGAUCAAGGAGCGUUACGAGGGUGAAGUAGGCGAGGAAUGGAAGGAGAGGCUAUCCGCUAAGAUCGAGGGGCGGGAGUAUGUGCCGGGGCAAACGACUCAGUCAUCACAACCAUCGAAGAAGCAGCCGGAGUUGUCGUCCCGGUCGAGCACCCCUCUCGCGCGGGGCGGCACGCCUGCGUCCCAUGACGGAUUGGUUGAUGGUGGCGCGACCAAGAAAGAGCGCAACGAGGCAUAUUUCGCCAAGCUGGGGACGGCGAAUGCGACUCGGAGUGAGUCCUUGCCGCCAUCGCAGGGCGGCAAGUUUACGGGUUUUGGGGGCGGGAUGCCGCCAGCUGCUUCAGCGGGAUCAGAUCGCGCAGGGGGCUCGGGGACCCUCCCUGGGUUCGAUGAUUUCCAGAAGGACCCUAUGGCGGCGUUGACGAAAGGUUUUGGGUGGUUCACGACCACGGUUGGAAAGGGGGCCAAGACGGUGAAUGAGAGUUAUAUUCAGCCCACCGCUAAGACGAUAGCCGAGUCCGAUUUCGCAGCACAGGCUCGUCUUCAGGCUUCUCAACUCGGUCAAAACCUUCAAACGGGUGCGCGCGGUGCAGCAGACCAUUUCCACCGUUUUGUGGAAGGGCAGGAUGAAGCUGCCGCGGCAGCAGCUGCCCGGCGGGAACGGGGCCGGGCUGGGGCCGAGCCGGAAAGAAAGGAUUUUUGGGACUCGUUCUCGGCAUUGGGAGCACAGGAUACUCAUCGUCGGACUGCGUCUAGGUCGAGUGCGAUUGGCACGGCUGCCAUGAAGCCCAGCGCUGCGGGUGCUGGGCCAGCAGCUGCUGGAUCCACCGCGACAACUUCGGCCUCGUCGGCUGCGUCUAAGACGGGCACCGGCAGAAAGAGCCUAGAGGAUAACAGUGGAUGGGAUGACAAUUGGUGAUCGUUUCAGAGGUGGUGAGUAUGGAUGGUUGUAUACUUGGUUCGCCUAGUCUAUGACAAGAUCCGUACCUAUACGGAG